AUGAAAAAAUUAAAAAUAUUGAUUUUAAUUUUUAAUUUAUUAAUUUUAUCAAUAAAUUGUAUUCCAAUAAUGAAUUGUAAUGAUUCAAAACAAUGUAACAAUUUAAAAAAUUGUAAAAAAUCUUUUAUAGAUAUUUUCACAAAUUCACCAUCACUAUCAUCAUCAUCACCAUCAUCAUUACCACAAUAUAUGAAUAAUAAUAAUAAUUCUAAUAUUGGCAAAAUGAUAAUUGACAAAGAAAAAAAAACAAUAAUUUUUCAAGCAUCAUAUGAUAAUGAAAGUGUUUAUAGAAUUCUUUCAAUUCCAACCAAGGGUGGUUCAUCAACAAUUAAUAAUGUUAAUACAAUCGCAAAAUUAUCAAAAAAUAUAACAAAUAAUUUUUUUAUUUCAUAUAAAAAUCAAAAUGAAUUUUUUAUUUACUAUGAAAAUUGUUUAAAAAAAGUUUCCAAUUUUAUUUUAGAUUCAAAUUGUUUUUAUAGUAAUAAUAAUAAUAAUAUUACAGAUAAUAAUAAUGAUAUAUAUUCAAUUACAUUUGAUGAUCAAGGAAUAUUUGGAUACUAUUAUUCACCAAUAUAUUCAUCAAUUAUUCAAUACCCAACAAAUAAAAUUCUUUAUAAAGGUGGUAAUGGUACAAACCAAAUUAGAAUUUUAGAUAAAUUAAUAUUUUUUAAAAUUGGUCAUAAUAUUUAUUUUGGGGAUUUAAAUAAUUUAUUUAUAAAUUCUACAAAUAAUAAUAAUAAUAUUACAAAUAAUUUUAAUCAAUCAUCAAUUAAUAAUAAUAAUAACAUUAAAAAUGUUUUACAAUUACCAAUUUUCUAUUCAAAUAAGAAUAUGUAUGAAUUUGAUAUAUCAUCAAGUCAUUUCUAUUAUAGUGAUUGGUUUGAAAAAAGAAUUUAUAGAUAUCCAAUUAGAAAUGGUAUAAUUGAUCAAACAUUUAAACAAAUGAUAUUUUAUUAUCUACCAAUUUCAUUUCAUUAUUUUAAUAAUUAUUUAUAUCUUUCAUUUCCAAAUAUUUAUUCAAUUAAUUUAAAUUCAAAAAAUGUAGAAUUUCAGUUAACUGACCAUUUUAUUCAAUCAAAUUAUUAUUGUAUAGAUAAAUAA